GAAGGAAGUAGGCCGCGAGGGGGAGGGGGAGGGCGAGAGAGAGAGAGAGAGAGAGAGAGAGAGAAGAGAGAGGGGAGAUGGAGAUUGAAUGGCAGACCCCGGCGAACCCACCGGAACGUCAAGAUUACAUUUUCCACAAGGGGAGACGCCUCGUCCGCCCCUACUACUUCGAAUUCAUCUCUCAUGUCAAGAAUCGAUGGGCAGGCAAGACCGUCGUUGAUUUCUUCGCCCAGGAGUUCAAAGGCAGACCCUACGACUACUAUGUGAGCGCUGUUCAAUGCGGGCGCAUUCAAGUCGACGGAAAGACUGUCCCUGUUUCUUACAUCCUCAGACCCUCCCAGAAGAUUAGCCACUUCUUGCACAGGCAUGAACCUCCUGUGAUGGCCUCUGACGUCACUGUGCUUGUUGAAGAGCCCGACGUUGUGACUGUCUGCAAGCCCGCUUCUGUCCCGGUGCACCCUUGUGGCCAGUAUCGCAAGAAUACCGUCGUCGGCAUACUUCAAGCUGAGCAUGGAUUGGCCCCUUUGUUUCCGGUUCAUAGAUUGGAUCGCCUUGUCUCAGGGCUCCUUAUCUUGGCCCGAAAUGCCACGAAAGCUGAUCUUUUCAGGCAACAGAUUGAAGGUGGAAUGUUGCAGAAACAGUAUAUUGCAAAGGUGGUUGGGACAUUUCCAGAGAAAGAGCUGCUAGUUGAUAUUAGCAUAUAUUAUAAUCAUCGAGAAGGAAGAAGCAUGGUUGAGGCAGGUGACUCUUGUCGAGAUACACCUACAAAAGGAAAGACUGCUUCUACGAAAUUUACAAGGAUUAGCAGCAAUGGGACUCACAGUAUUGUCUUGUGUGAACCAGUUACCGGACGGACUCAUCAAAUAAGAGUUCACUUGCAGUAUACAGGACAUCCAAUUGCCAACGACAUGCUUUACCUGUCUGAAUAUGUUGAUAAUCGCACAGAUGUAGGAAUGAGUGCCGAUAGAGCUGCUGGCAAAUCAUUGAUUCCAGAAACAAAUAAUAUGUAUGUUGAUGAUUGUGAAGAGACUUGCAGCAGAAAUUUCAGCAUUGAUCCCAUGUGCACUCAAUGUCCAAAUUUGGCUCCAACAGGAUAUGAGGAGCAUGAAGAGGGGUUAUGGCUACAUUGCUUAAGAUACUCUGGACCUGGAUGGAAAUAUGAGUGCCCAUAUCCAGGUUGGGCAUUUUUGAGCUAAAGGAGAAGCCCGUGAGAUGGGGCUUUUUGUUUUU